UGCCGGAAAUUUCAUUCUAGUAAAUUCGAGCGUGUGAGUUGGGUCGAUACAGUAAUUAUUCACAAGCGAAAUAUUUUAAGAGUUUAUUUACAAACAAAACAACGAGGAUGGCCUUUAUGAUGCCGGUAGUGAAGAACGAUUGGGACAUUUACAAGUCCAAUCGUGUUAGAAGAACUUCAGAGUGCACUGGUCCGUCGUCUUGCAGAUCGCGAAAAGUGUCGGAAUGUCGGUCAGAAGGGCCGAGCAGUUUGUCGACUUCUCCUGGUUCCGAUUUCAUGACCUCGCCUACACAUCGGUCCGUGCCAGACAAAAUGUCCUCGAGGCAAUACACCCGAUCGGGUUCUAGAACGAGCUCGAACAGUCUUCAAAGUCCUGUGAAAAGUACGUCGUCUUCGCCGCCGAAAAACAACUCGUCAACAAGUCUCAACAAGUUCCAUAAUAGGUUGUUGGAUAAGUUGAAGAAGUCGAUGAAAACGAAGGAUAAAAGUGAGGAAAGAACGAGUGCUUGAAACACGGCGAUUAAGAAAAACACCUCCUAGUGAAUGAAGUUUUUGUUUUUAGUGUUGGCCGACCGGGACAUUAAAAAUGGCUUUAUGUGGACAAAAAGUUUGAGCUAAUACAUUAUUCGUUCAGGUAUUUUGCAAAUCGAUAUAUGUUUCCUGUGAUACGUAGGAGUUACAUGUAUAUUUAGUAGCUUUGAUAUCUCGGUCAUCGGGUAGAGAAUUUGCGGAACGACGAAUUUUCUUUUAUUUCGAGCAAAAAUUGGAAAUGAGUCAUUCAAAAUUACACAUCAAGCAUUUGUCUGUUGUGGGCGUAUGCACAUUCAAUUGUGCAUAGCAUAGGAAUCGCAAUCAUUUCGUCGUUCCCAAAUUAAAAGUUUGCCUAAUCUUCGAUUUUUCGAAGACGAUUGACUUAAAAUUUUGUAAGACUGGAUAAAUGGAGGAUAUUUUAAUAAAAUAUACUUAAUUAUUAAAUAAUUCGCUUGUUGCAAAGAUAUUAUAUUAGUAUAGUUUAUUUAGAUGAUGAUCUUGACAUAGAGGGAAAGUGCACCAAUAUCACCACUGCCCUCCUUUAGAGUUUUUUUGUACCACAUUCCAAAUAAAAAGGGAGUACCUAUAUUGUAGUUCAUAUCGUACCAAAUCACAUAAAAAAUAAUAUAAAUUAUAUUGCGGUUGUGUAACAUAAAUUAUUGAUAUUUUCAAAUGCGAAUUGUCAAACUAUAUAUAUUCAUGUUGAAACCACUUUGUAUUGGUAAAAGUUUUUAAAAAAUAAA